GAUCUACACAACUUUUUAUUCAGACCCUUUUCCCCAUGUGGAACAUCAUGAAUUAAUACUGAUGCCUCAAUCUUCAUCCGGAAACGAAGAGGAGGUGAUUUUAGCUUCGAAUAAUCCCAAGAAACGCGCCGGCCGGAAGAAGUUCCGGGAGACGCGCCACCCUGUUUACCGCGGCGUGCGGCGGCGGGACUCCGGGAAGUGGGUCUCCGAGGUGAGGGAGCCCAAUAAGAAAUCCAGGAUCUGGCUCGGGACUUUCCCCACGGCGGAGAUGGCGGCGCGUGCGCACGACGUGGCGGCGAUCGCAUUACAAGGGCGGUCGGCCUGCCUAAAUUUCGCCGACUCCUCGUGGAGGUUGCCUGUGCCGGCUUCCGCGGAUGCUAAGGACAUUCAGAAGGCGGCAGCGGAGGCGGCGGAGGCUUUCCGUCCUCCUCAGACACCAGUAGCAUCGGAGGAAGCCGCCGCCGCCGCCGCCGCUUAUAAUAUGGCGGCGGCGGCGUCGCCGGAAAAUAAUAUGUACUUUAUGGAUGAUGAGGAAGUGAUGAUGUAUGGGAUGCACGGGCUGGUGGCUGACAUGGCGGAGGGGUUGAUGAUGAUGCCUCCACCUCAUCAUCAGUACUAUAGUGAUGACGUGGAAAUGGAUGCUGACGUGUCGUUAUGGAGUUACUCCUUUUAAUUUCUAGGUGUAUCAAAUUAAAUGUAAAUACAUUUUGACACGUAUAUAUAUGUAUGGAUAUUUUGUUA